AUUUACGACAACUUCCGACAUUAAAGUUCCACUCGGCAAGAACUGACGAAGAAAGUAUGGAGUUUCAUUAGACAUGGUUCUAUAGCACAAUCAUAUAUUUUUUGCAGACAAUAGGUUUUCAGUAAUAAUGGGGAAGAAAUCUAAAAAAGGCGGGGGAAAGGCAGCGCCUCCUCCAGCACAAGAAAAGAAAGCAGCAGUCGCUAAAGGUGAUAAGAAGGACAAUGUGUCAACGCCAGCACCAGCACCUGCACCUGCACCGGUACCAGAAUUAAGUAAAUCAGCUAGACGAGAUGUUCGUGAUUUAGUCAGUCAGCUGCUUGAUGUUUGUGCCAAAUCCCCUGUUGCUGGAGCUAAAGAAUGGGAUGAUUAUCCAGAAAUAAACAGUCUUGUAGAGAAAAUACGCAAAUUACAGUCAGGGUUAUCCAGUCUAGUGUCAGAACGUAGUGAGAAAUUCCCAGCGUUUAUGGACUGGUUAUCAUCUAAUGGUGUUGAUACAUCAACGGUAGAUAUCAGUAAGGCUGGUGACAGUGGAUUCGGUUUAAAGGCCAAACAACAUAUCAAAGAAGCUUCCCUAUUUUUAACGAUACCAAGAAAACUAAUGUUAACUGUUGACUCGGCCAAAUCAUCAGUUCUAGGUGACUUGAUAUCAGAAGAUAAAAUCCUACAAGCAAUGCCUAAUAUAACACUAGCUUUACAUUUACUGUGUGAGAAACAUCAACCAGACUCUUUCUUUCAACCAUAUAUUAAUAUUUUACCUAGAAGUUAUUCAACACCUUUAUAUUUUACACCUGAAGAAUUACAGAAUUUAAAAGGUUCACCUGUUUUAGGUGAUGCUUUAAGUCAGUAUAGAAAUAUCGCCAGACAAUACGCUUAUUUCUACAGAUUAUUACAGAAACAGGAACCAUUUAUCACCAAACUACCAAUCACAGAUCACUUUACAUUUGAUGAAUAUAGAUGGGCUGUUUCCACGGUGAUGACUCGACAGAAUCAGAUCCCAACUGUAGAUGGGUCAAAGGUCACAUUUGGGUUGAUACCUUUAUGGGACAUGUGCAAUCAUACGAAUGGACAUUACACGUCUGAUUUUAACGUAGAAAAGAAUGUUAGUGAAUGUUACGCUUUACGUGACUUUGAGGCCGGGGAACAGGUGUAUAUAUUUUAUGGUGCCAGAUCAAAUGCUGAAUUUCUCAUACAUAAUGGAUUCGUCUAUCCUGAAAAUAGUCAUGAUCGUCUCUGCAUAAAACUAGGUAUCAGUAAAAAUGAUCCAUUAUUUCAACACAAGUCAGAAGUUUUAACAAAGAUUGGUAUUUCAUCGUCUAGGUCAUUUUUCCUACAUAAAGGAGAAUUUCCCAUUGAUGGAGAGUUACUGGCCUUCCUUAGAAUCUUCACAAUAGAUGAAGAUUUACUGAAAGAUAAAUUUGGUAAUGAUGUCACCGCAGAAACACUUGAUCAAUUAAAAAACCUGGAUGUUGGAAUCUCUGAUGAGAACGAGAAAAAAGUUUGGUCGUUUAUAGAAACGAGAGCAGCAUUAUUAUUAAAAACAUAUCCUACAACAGAAGAGGAAGACCUCUCUGUGUUGAAUUCUGGGAAGGAACUAACAGAUCCGCAGAAAAUGGGACUACAACUACGCAUUGGUGAAAAACAAAUUUUGGCCUCAACUAUUAAAUAUGCCUCGGAAAAACAACAAAAUUUAGAAAAAUAAACAUUUGUAAUGUAUAUAAAUUAUGACUGGAAUUGAACCCUUAACAUUUUUUUCUUCUUAAGACUAUUUAUUAUUUUUAGACUGUACUUUCAUUUUUAUUUUCCUGGUAAACAAAUAUUUAUUUUUAAAAUAGCACUGAUUGUGAUUGUCGCGGAGGAAAAUAAAAUUUUACUGAAAUGGAAA